AUGUGGUGUCCUGUGUGGUCGCACUGGCUACUGGGCGAUGAAGUUGAUGUUGAUCGCCAGCUAGAGGACACCCUACAGCAGUCUGCUGCUCAGGCUGCUGCAGCAGAUGCCUCGCUGGUGGAGGAUGGCCAUGGAAGCCCGUACUACGAUAGGAGGUACGGAAGUAGCAGCAGUCGUGGUCGGGCAGUUGUGACGGGGCCUUCAAAACGCAAGACAUAUCCAUACCCAUACCUAGAGACUGCUGCCGGACGUGAUGAUAUCCUUUCUGCCUCUACGCCUUCGCAUCGUCUCCGUGAGUCCAGCAGGGAUCGCUACAGCGUUGACGUUGCCGGUUCAUACCAUUCAUCAUCGCCUCAAAAGCGUGUGGUGUCUAGGGAGCUUCCUGAACAGCCGACUCUUCGUUCUCGCAGAGGUCAGGACGUAACGGAGCUUAGGGAUAGGCAGGAACGCCAGUCCCGGUUCCUGGAAGGAAGUAUGAACGACAAGGUCAGCACACGUCCGCCAUCUGUUUUUAUUGGCGAGGAACAAGAGUACUUACUCUCAACAUACAUGGAUGAGCACAACGGCGGAAAAGGCGUCAACGGGUGGCAGCCUACUACAGGCGGGCGGGCUCCUGCAACUCCCUCGCUACAGGGCAAGAAAGGGUCUCUUUCUUCCGCCAAAACAAACAAAACUGAUGCAUCUGACGCCAAAUCAUCAGGUGUUUUCCGCUUUGGGAAGGCUAUUGUCUCCGCUAUCAAUCCCAUGGGUGUAUGGGGCAACGUCUCUGAAAUUUGGAAGGGCCAUGAUUCGUCAUCCAAGGGGUCAGGCUCAAGAGAGAUGCCGGUCGACACACCUCAUGCCGCACGCAUCGAAAAGGCAUACCAGGAAUACAAGGCUUCGGCGGCCUAUAGGAGCGCCACUCCUUCAACCGCCCCCUUACACAGAUAUGGCUAUUCGGGGGAGAACACUGCCAGCCCACAAAAAUUGCUUCCCGUUCAGACACCACAACCGCAGCUGUCUCAUCACCCAAGUGCUUCGACCCAACCCAGCAUCAGCAAGGAGCUGCCACCUACACCACUUGAAUGGCAAGGUCUGCCGGCUUCUACCGUCUCCAAACGCUCCUCCUUCCAGACAGUCAAGGGCUCUCGAUCGUUCCUAAAUCUCAGUCACUCCCUCCGAAAGGAGCAGUCACACAAAGACCUUGCAAGAGAAAACAAGCUGAGGAAGAAGGUUAGCAAUCUUGAGGAGAAGCUCUUGAGAUAUAAACGCGAGCUCAGCACCUUUGCACACGAUGAGGAUAAAAAAGUGGAUGAGCUUGAAGGAGAUGCACAUGCGGGCCUCGCUGUUCAGGUUAAUAAUCAUGUAACUCAUCACCUUUAUCCCCAUGCUACGGUCGGCCUCUCGGUUCCUUCAGCUCCAUCUCCCGCUCCUCCAAGCAAUGAUAUGAGACACAUGCGAAUGAGAUCCAAAAAGUUCGUUCCAGGUGCCUUGCCCUCUCUUCCCUCAGAGAGACUCCUGCUUGACGAUGGAGAGCCUACCACCACUCGUGAAGUCUCAAGGCAAGAGGCUAGUCCUGAGAAGCCCAUCUAUACGAGAAGAUCAGAACCACGACUGAGACGGGCGGUCCCACGAAUUAGAGAAGAAGAUGUUACUCGGACGCCUGCCGCCACAACCACUAACCUGGCCAUAGAGGGAGCAAACACACCUCCUUCACGGAAACGCAAGUCUCCUUCCCCCGAUCAUGCAAGUAUCCGCCGCCGUCGGAUCUCUGCCACCUAUAGCAAGAACAUACGGAGCAACAGCAAUAGCGACCAUGCUAAUGACAGCUAUGAUGGCGCCUCACCUGCGCCUUCGCCGCAGCCCAACCGCCGUGUCUCAACUGAAAAGCUAACAGGACCCCGUCCAUACCCUGUCAAUGCACGUACAGAGACAGAAGGCCGGCGUAAUCAGCCCUCUCGCAGAGCCAAAGAGAUCAAGCCAGUUUACUACCCAAAUUAUGAUUUGACAAGACGCUCUGUCCCUGUCCCCGAACGAUCCGAAUCCAGACCCAAGCACGACCAAACCCCAGCUCCAGCCCCAACCAAAACACCAAUCCCCAAGUCUACCCCAGCCCUUCCCCCCCAUCACGGUGGUCCCUAUGCACCAGUGGAAGUAGCCAUCCCAAUUUCAGUCGCCCCUCACAUCCCAUCUUCUACCAAACCACCACCGACGCCAGCCUCCAGGCAAAAAUCGAAUCAAAAGCAAACCGCAGAUGCAACCGCAAAUACUGCUUCAACUCCACCCCCACACCCAGAAUCUGUUCCAGCAACAAAGGGCAUCAUAAGCCGAUCUAGCAGUCCAAGGAAGCACCACAACAUUUCACCGCGUCGUAAAGCUGAUGAGAAGCCUAUCAGCAUUACCCCAGGGGAGGGGGGUGAUGAGAAUAUCCCGCCUGUUCCUCCGCUGCCGGUAGAGCACGGAGGCAGUCCCUUGAUUGAAGACGGCGAAUUCGAGUGGCCUGAAGACAUUUUUUAG